CUAUGUGCUAAGGCGAGGGGAUAGGCGCGGGGGCGCGUCCGUCACAGGGCAGCCCCCGGCCCCGACCCGGAGGGAUGCGGAGUGGCGGCGGCGGCAGUGGCGGAGACUGUGGCUUUAAGAGCGCGCCCGGAGCCCGGGAGCCAGCCGGGCGGCCCUCUGCUGCGCACCCCCGCGGAGCCGAGCCCCGCGCUGGCCGGACGGGGCAGCUUGCUGCCGGGCUGCUGAGAACCAGCCCUAGACCUCUGCUUGAGGGUCCUUCCUCUGAAGACAUCACCAGUGUGUGGAGCGUGCCCCACACUCACCCCCUGCCAAACCACGGCCUUUACCUGUGUCUUCCGGUGUUUCCCGUGCGACCCAUCCUGUGGGAGUGCCUCGUGGGCCACUCCAGAGUUCACUCCACGCUCUACGGCGCCAAUGGUGAAGAUGACAAGAUCCAAGACUUUCCAGGCAUAUUUGCCUUCCUGCCACCGGACCUACAGCUGCAUUCACUGCAGAGCCCACUUGGCCAAUCAUGAUGAACUCAUUUCCAAGUCGUUCCAAGGAAGUCAAGGACGAGCAUACCUCUUUAACUCAGUAGUUAAUGUGGGCUGCGGGCCUGCAGAAGAGCGAGUGUUGCUAACAGGAUUGCAUGCAGUUGCAGACAUUUACUGUGAAAACUGCAAAACCACUCUGGGCUGGAAAUAUGAACAUGCCUUUGAAAGCAGCCAGAAAUAUAAAGAAGGCAAAUACAUCAUUGAGCUAGCACACAUGAUCAAGGACAAUGGCUGGGACUGAUUGGAGGGUAUCCACCUACCCCAGCGUCCACGUGAACGCCAUCCAACCAAACAUUCUACCCAAGCGUGAGAGAGUGACUGAACACUUGGUUCCAUCCAUUUAGGGGCCUUGCCAUCUGGGGCAUUCUCCCACCCUGAAGCCGUCUUUCUGGUGACCGGCCUCUAAAUCGCUGUCUCUCUGUCUCUUUGCUUUGUAUCUGUUUGUGAGUUGAUCCUGGCUUCUCUCUGUUCUAGUGUUGGCUGAAAACAAAACAACGAAAGGAACAGAUGCCUGACCGCAUGGGGCAGCCCACCUUGAUAAGGGCCCUGGGGCUCAUUAAGAGCUGCUUGAUGGCCUCUUGUCAGGAGAGCAGUGGCACAGCACGGGGGUGCAAGGAAGAAGGAAAUGGGGAGCCGUGAGGGUCCCAGGGCUGGUCAGUGGACGGGACGUUAGAGGUAGGAACAAAAUUGUGCUGCUCCUGGAGUCCUGGUAACUUAGGCUUGAAAUAAUCGACUUGUCUAAAAGGACAAAGAAAAAACAUACCUCAUGACUGCAUUCUCUCUGAUCAGAAGCUCUGUUCCUGAACCAGCUGUGUCCAGUUAGCAUGUGAGCACAAGAAUGCGCCCUAACUAGUGGGACAGGGGCCUGGUCCUCCUGGGUCCGGCUGGGGGUGUCCUGGCAGCAGAGAGUGCAAAGCCCAGAUGGUUUUGAUAACUCUGAUGCCUCAGUGCCCCUUCAGGUAAUCUUCUUUGCCUCUUCAGCCACUGUUGGUGAGAGGAUGGGAGACUGCCUUUUGCAAUGGGUGCAAGAUCCAAACAUCCCAAAGGCUUUGACCACCAACCAAGUAAAAUCAGUAAUUGAGGAGAACAGGGAACAAAGGGGGCUGUAGUUUGGGAGCUCCUACAGAAAUGGCUCAGAUAUUGGGCCAGAAAAAAAAAAAAAGUAGAACCAGCUAGCAGUUCUGUCUGACCUUUUUUUCCUGACCCUUAAUAAGAGAAGAGCAUUGUGGCAAGGAAGGGGGUGGGGUGGGGAAAUGCUGGGAAUAGUUUAGAUUUGAGCCAUUACAGGUUAGUGUAUAUUUCCACUUUGGUAUGCAAUGGCUUCAGUGAGAUCAGCAAUUCUUUGUACAUAGAGUUUUGGUUGUUUUUCUCCAGUUCUAUCAUUGUAGAUUGUGGAAAACAAAGUCCCAAGGCUUUGAGCUUAGUGAUAACCCAGCCAGUAGACUCCUCAUGCCCCUCGCUAUUCUCCUUGGACUUGAAUGCUUUGUGUGGAGAGAAAUUGUCAGAGUGGUCCAGCAGUGGGGAGGGCUUAGAUAUGAUGUCAAACAUCAAGUUAUAAAUUCUGAUAUUAGCCCCCACCUCCCAUCUCCCAAACCAAAGUUGAUUAUAUUAGGGAAGUGGGGAACAAAUCCCUAUAAAGCUCAUGAGAGAAAGGAGUUUGUUAUAGUUAACCAACACUAUGAAGUGUUUUCUACAACACUUCAGCCAGUACAUGGUGCAUGACCGAAACUCAUUUAACUGAGUUAAUUUUAUUGCUUAGACUGAAAAUGUAAUUAUUAAGAUAUGUGCAGGUUAUGUUAGAGUAUCUCAUUCUUGAAAGGGGGCUGAUCCUAUAGAAAAAAUUCACCUAAAAAGUCACAAAAAGAAUGAGUUCAUAGAGGCAAGAAUCUAUAAAAUUGAAUAAUCAAGAUUCAAGCAGCCAACCCAGAACAUUUCCAGAAUUCAAACAAAUUCCUCUAGGGAGUGAUCCAUGGUGGAAAUGCUUUUUUCUGUCUCUGUGUGCUGAUUGCAGAAGGGGGACCCGAGGUAGGCGUGGUCAUGCCCUGGAGGUAGUGAACUGUGGGACUGACAGGAAACCAGGUGGCUCCAGGUUUAGCUGUAGACCACCUCUGUAAGACAAUUAAAAAAAAAAAAAAAAAAAAA